GAGCCGAAGUUGUGUUUUCUGUGGACUGCACCAAGCUGAAGGACUAUUUUCCUCCAGAAAAAAGAGGAUUUGACUGUAUUUAUUUCAACUUCCCUCACUGUGGGAGGAAGGCUGGGGUGGUGAAGAACAGAGAGCUCCUUGCUCACUUCUUCUGUAGCGCUGCAGAAGUGCUGGCAGAGGAGGGAGAGGUCCAUGUGGCUCUGUGCAACGGCCAAGGUGGGACCCCUGCGGAUCAGCCGAGGAGGGAAUGGCACAACAGCUGGCAAAUAGUGGCUGUGGCAGCAGGAGCUGGAUUUGUCUUGAGUAGUGUUCUUCCUUUUAAUGCAGAGGCUAUCCCUGGAUAUAGAUGUACAGGCUACAGGAGUCAGGACAAAUCCUUCUGUGUGGAGGGUGCUCUGAACCACAUAUUCACACGAAGCACAGCACUCCCAUGUUUCACUCCCUUGAGCUGCAGGAUCCAGCUAGAAAGCCAAAGUGUUUCUUUCCAAGUGCCACAAGUCCUUGUGGAUAAAAUUAAUAGGGGUUUCCUAGACCCGAACUCCAACCACCCAGUAAGGACAGUGAAGGAGAAGCUCACAGCAGGGCUCAGCCAAGCCUUUCCCUUAGAGAACAUUGACUCCUGCCUCUCUCUGCUCCACCAAGGCCACCUCGAUGGUGUUUGUCACUCCAAUAUCUUUUGGAUCACUGUGAGCCCAGAGGAGACUCCAAACACUGAGGAACUGUCUAAUGGACUGGCAAAUGCAGUUUCAUUUUCCCAUAUGGAUUUUUGCCAGGACACAGUUGAGAAUGGCUGUGGAGAUAUUCAGGAAGGAUGUCACAUUCCAAACCAGUUUUGCCUUAGACCUUCCCUCCUGCCUCACGCUCAGGCAAUAAUACAAGGAGGAUCCUUUUUCCCAGGGACACUCCAUGUUCUGUCUGGCCCAGUGUUCAGGCAGUGCCACAUCUCUCCUCUCUCCAUGCCUGUUUUCCAUGAGAUGCUUCUUGUGCUUGCAGUUAACAGGGGCACAGAGAACAGCUGUAUCCAGAUGUUGGUGAACAACAUUAAAUAUUCUCUUCACCAGUCUGUUUCCAGCAUUAAAAUAAGUAUCAGCCUGCAGGAAGCAAUGAGCUGUGAAACAACUGAGCUCAAUGACCUUGCUGCUUUUGAAUCACAGCUUGGUAAAAUUCAGUACUUCAUCUGCAUGGAGACAGAUCCCUCAGGCUCCCGGGAGAAGGAGAGCUGUGUGGGGGUUAUAAGGACAGCUCUUCAAGAAGUAGUGAGCAGUGAGCUGGUGGUUGUCUUUGCUUCACUGAACCUUGACCUCCUGGCCAUGCUGACGUGUGGAAUACCCGACUGGAGAAUGCUCUGGACGUCAGACCCACGGUUCCUGCGCCAGUUUCCUAGAGGAGAGCUGAGGCUUUUCAAGAGUUUUUCCCUCUACCCACCCUCCUACGUGCACGACAUCAGCUUUUGGCUUCCCGCUGGGGAGCAGUUCGAUGAAGUUGCUUUUCACACCAUAGCUAGGCAGGUGUCAGGGGAAACGGUGGUUUCCAUCCAGCUGGUGGACAGUUUCCAGCAGCCAGAGACUGGACGGAGGAGCCUGUGCUACAGGGUGACCUUCCAGUGCUGUGACAGGGCCCUGAGCUGCCGUGGGGCGGCAGAGCUGCAGCUCUGCUUGCGGGGGCAGAUCCACCAACGCCUGCGUGUGGCUCUGCGGUAG